AUGGCUGAGGACUUCUGUCGACCCUCCUCACACCCAACUCUGAAUGGACAGAGGUCAGCAAAAUCAGCGAGGGACUCUUUUCCAGCAUACAACAGCAAAUACCUGACUGUUCCUCGAAACUGGACUUCCUUGCACAGCAGCAGGAGCAAUGGAGUUCUUGAAGCACCAGUGGUGAACUUCAGCAGUUCUAUUAUCAACAACUACCUGGAUGGAGUGCAAGGAGAGGCCACAGAGAAGGUGUCCCCAAGUGUCAUGCAUUUCAGGGACAGCAAGAGAAAGGUCGACUACGUGUUAGCCUACCACUACCGAAAACACCUUGUUCAGCACCCACGUGGUGUGGGCUCACCGGAGCUGACGCGUGGAUCCGCCUCCUUGGCCCUGGUUUCAAAUGGCAGGACUGGGAAGGGCCAUGUUGAGCCUUAUCAGCAGGACAAUGGCCAGCAUGUCCUUCAGGAGUGGCCAGGGCUGCCAGGGGUAGAUGUGAUCCAGCUCAGCCCAUUGGAUGCCAUGGAGGAGCAGAAGCGGCUGCAGAGGGAGGAGUAUGAACACAACCUUAUAGAAGCAGGGCUGGAGAUAGAGAAAGACCCUGAGAAUAAGAGCCAAGGAUUGAGUUUUGUCCGUAUACAUGCACCUUGGCAAGUGCUUAGUCGAGAAGCAGAAAUCCUUAAAAUAAAAAUGCCCACUAAAAAGAUGUAUGAAAUCAGAGAAGAAGGGGGAGUACUCAAAACGUUAAAUGAAAUAUGGUGCAAAUUGACUGAACCUCUGCAACCCCAGGUGCCACAACAAGAAAACACCAAGAUGAAAAACCUGUCCUACCCAUUUUCCAGAGAGAAAAUAUAUUUAUAUAACAUCAAAGACAAAGACACCUUUUUUGACAACGCUACCCGCAGCCGAAUAGUACGUGAAAUUUUGAAGCGCACGUCUACAAAGGCCAGGAACAGCAUGGGUAUUGGCACAUUAAUAGCAAAUAAUGUCUAUGAUGCAGCAUACCCUCUUCAUGAUGGUGAAUAUCAAGGCCAAAAUGAUGACAUGAAUGAAAGAAAGUUGCUGUAUCAAGAAUGGGCAAGAUAUGGAGCAUUUUACAAGUUUCAGCCUAUUCAUCUCAUAAGGAAGUAUUUUGGAGAAAAGAUAGGACUUUAUUUUGCAUGGCUGGGUUUAUACACAGAAUUCCUCAUUCCAUCUUCAGUAGUUGGGAUUAUUGUGUUUCUCUAUGGAUGUAUAACCAUUGAAAGUGACAUUCCUAGUAAAGAGAUGUGUGACCAACGCAAUGCCUUCACCAUGUGCCCUCUGUGUGACAAGUUCUGUGACUACUGGAACCUCAGCUCUGCCUGCACUACUGCUCGAGCUAGCCACUUAUUUGACAACCCUGCCACAGUCUUUUUCUCCAUCUUUAUGGCUCUCUGGGCUACUAUGUUCCUUGAACAAUGGAAGCGUUUGCAGAUGAGAUUGAGUUACUUCUGGGAUCUGACUGGAUUGGAGGAAGAAGAAGUAAUGGUAAACGAGCAUCCCAGACCAGAAUAUGAAACCAAACUGCUUCAGAAAAAGCUGAACAAUAAGAACAUCACAACAGAAAAUUCAAACAAAUGGAAGGAAAAAAUACAAACAGCAGCUGGCUUUGUGUCCUUAGAUGAAAAGGAGAAGCUGACGUGGAGUGACCGUAUGCCUGGAUAUGCAGCAAACUUUGGAUUGAUUUUAUUUAUGAUUAUGCUGACGUUUUCAGCAGUGUUUGGUGUGAUUGUAUACCGAAUUACUACGGCAGCAGCUUUGUCAUUCAGCACAAAUGAGACAACCAGGUCAAAUGUUCGAGUGACUGUGACUGCAACUGCUGUCAUCAUUAACCUCGUUGUGAUACUUAUACUUGAUGAAAUUUAUGGAGCUGUUGCCAAAUGGCUGACAGAAAUCGAAAUACCAAAAACAGAGAAAACCUUUGAGGAGAGGCUGAUUUUGAAGGCAUUCCUACUGAAGUUUGUGAAUUCUUAUGCACCAAUCUUUUAUGUUGCCUUUUUUAAAGGAAGAUUUGUUGGUCGUCCUGGUCGUUAUGUAUAUGUGUUUGAGGGUUAUCGGAUGGAAGAGUGUGCUCCAGGUGGCUGUUUGAUGGAACUCUGUAUUCAGCUGAGCAUCAUCAUGCUUGGAAAACAACUGAUUCAAAAUAAUCUGUUUGAAAUUGGAAUCCCGAAGCUAAAGAAACUUCUCAGGAAGCUGAAGGAUGAAAGAACUGAGCCAAAGGAAACGAACACCAACCACUCAAAGGACCCUCAACAAUGGGAUCUUGACUACAUCUUGGAACCUUUCACUGGACUGACUCCAGAAUACAUGGAAAUGA